AUGCAGGAAAACCUGAAACCACAGCGGGGCAGACUUCAAGGAGAGGCCAAGGAAUCACGACGGCAAUGUCUAAGCGCCCAGCUGCUGGACCUAUUCGGUCCGAACAGCGAGGAUGACCAGACAGCGACGCCGGUAGACUCCGCUACUACCUUGCCAAUCUUACCUUGGUCUUCGCUACCGGCUACGCCUUCGCCGAUGAAGGUACUACGGACGCCGUCUCCGAGGAAGCAGCCACGACCGCGUACGUCACCACCACGGACGUUUUCACCUCUUAAACGGCUUCCUGGGACAACAGUGGUCGUACCUCCGCAGCCUCCUAGCCACACGAAGGCCCUAAGGGUGGAAUGCCAGGCCGCGCUCCAACGCAUAUCGACCAGCGAUACACCGGCUGCAAAGUCCAGGGACUCCGCCGGGCACUCCGUCGAGUCUCUGCUGCUCUGGACUCUGCACAGGAUCAGCCUUGCUCCAUACGUGACACCACCACGAAGGCUGCCCUCGCCUCAACGGCCGCGACAAGUCGUCGACAAGGCGACCCAGCCGUCUCCGGAAACCACCAAGAACGGAACACCGAAAAAGCCGGUGCGACCAACACAAAGAAAAGAUUUCUCGAGAAGAAGUAAGCCAUACUCGCACCAGAGUACAAGUUCCGCAGCUAUAAGCCCGAGCGAAUUCUCCUUACAAGGAAAGAGUUACACACCACUGCAAGGAGCCGAGGACACCCUGAAGCUUCUACAGGAACGGCCUCAGGGCGAGGCCAAAGGCACAUACCGUCAACUGCUCAGCAUUCAGCUGCGGGAUCUCUUCGGCACAGACAAUGAGGAUGACCGGACAGAGGAACCAGUAGAACUAUCUCGCUCCUGUCUCGCCGGCGUCCAUGUUCUCAUUGCCAGCGACGUCCUCGCCAACACGCCUGCCACGGACGCCGUCGCCACGGAUGCGACCACGACUGAGCGCGGCACCUCCCAGGACGCCAUUGUAGGGCGGCUUCGUAGAGCAGCACUGGCGGCUUCGCAUCCUCCAGCUGUCAUCCACACAGAGGCAUCCAAGGUGACAGCGUCACAGCAUCGGGCGACAGGGACUUCCACACCAGAGAAAACCAGAGACUCUGGCGGAUACUUUGCCGAGUCUUUUAGGCCAUGGAACCUACUCGUUCUAAGCCUCUCGCCAAGUCGCACCAGGCCAUCGUUGGACCAACUGGCAACGUGGGAUGUUAGGGCACGGUCACCGCUCUCGCCCCGGUAUACAGUACCGGUAUUGAGAUCGCCCUUGCCUCCGCCGUCGCGUCAGACAGCCGACAAGGCCACACAGACCUCGCCAAGCGACACCAGGACCACAUCGCCGAGGAAGCCAGCGCAACCACCGGGAGCUGUCGGACACCGCCGAUCUCCCCGGAAGCUAGCCCAGUCAGAGAAAUUCCGAGCACAUAAUCGCUCUCCCAAGAAACCUGCGCGACCUUCGCGGCCGCCCUACACGGAUUCGGCUCUGGUGUGGAACAUCACACUGAUGCUGCAGAUCAAUAAAUUUACACACUGA